GGGAUCUUUCCUUUCCUGAUUCCAACACAUUCUUGUUCCAUCCAAUGAUGAUGCGCUAGUCGCUAAUCCGCACGAAUUAUCCGCAAGAAUAUCAGGGCUGGGGUUUCUCGGCGUUGGCGACGGGCGGAGCCACAGAAAUGGGGGCCGAGAACAGCGGCUAAUUUUAGCCAGCAGCGCGGAGGAAAAAGCCUGAGGCAGCCGCUCGCCCGCCUGCCUCCAAGAAACCGCGGCGAUCUGUCGCCUAUCCAAUCGCCGCCGAACUCGAAUUCGAUUUGGUUUUUCCUGGGCGGUGGGAGAGGAUGCAGUGGGUGGGCCUGAGCUCGCCGCCGGCGGCGCCGACGGCGGCGCCGACGGCUGUCUGGAUGCGGCGGCGUCCAAGAACAACGAGAUGGCCGCAGAGGAGCUCGUCCGCCGCACGGAGGGCGGUCGUGGCGGCCGCGUCCUCGUCCCCACCGUCAUCCGAUGCCAACUCGAGCUCCAACUCGCCGGGCAGUGACGAGGAGGCGGAGGAGGCCGCGGGGAAGGCGGAGGGUGACAAGACGGCGGCGGCCUUCUUGUUGAGGAGCCAGAAGUACGCUAUGCUCAAGCAGCAGCUCGCCGUAGCCGCCCAACUCGAGUUUACAGAGGGAGUACCAACCAAUGCAAAUCUGUGCUGCUCGGCGACUGUAAGUUGCAAUUUGUGGCAGGAUUACAAGGAGGCGGCGAGGCUGAGGGACUCGUUGAGGUUGUUCGAGGAAGAAGAGCCCGUCCUCCGCCUCCGCCGCUCGCUGAAGAAGGCGGUCGAGGAGGAGAGGUUUGCGGAUGCUGCCAAGUACAGAGAUGAACUGAUGAUUUUGGCUCCGCACUCCCUCCUCAAAUGUUCUAGUGAUGCUACAACUCUGGGGAUAAGGGUUCAAGUCAGGAGUGUCUAUAUUGAAAGCCGGAGCCAACCCUUAAAGGGGAAGUUCUUUUUUGCCUACAGAAUCAGAAUUACAAAUAAUUCUCAGCGUGCUGUACAGCUUCUCAGACGACGCUGGAUUGUCACUGAUGCGAAUGGAAGGACAGAGAAUGUUUGGGGUGUUGGUGUAGUGGGAGAGCAACCUGUGAUAUUCCCAAAGACGGGUUUUGAGUACUCAUCCGCAUGCCCACUAAACACUCCAAAUGGGAGAAUGGAAGGUGAUUUUGAGAUGAAGCACAUUGACAAGGUUGGAUCCUCGACAUUCAAUAUCGCUAUCGCACCAUUCUCUCUGUCAAUCCUCGGGGACGACAACGACGCUCCCCUCUGAAGGUGAUUGAGUAGCAGGGCGAUUUUGAAGAAAACGGCAAUGCCAGUAAGAGUUUGCACAAAUACACAAACACUUGUUAGCGAAGUAUUUAGAGCACGGAACUUAGUCCAGACUGAUGUUAUAUCUACUAUGAAAAAAAGAGUGAAAUGUGAAUGGUGGAGGUAUUGGAAUGUAUGGAAAUUAACACGGAUCUUGUAAAUUUGUGGGCUAUGAGCGCUUACUGUAUCAAUUCCACUUUUGAAUGUACAGCAUAUAGAAAGCUUUGUUGAUUUG